UCAUCGUUCUUCAUGACAGAAUCCCAUCUUCCGCCGGAAAACAAAGACACCUCGCCGGUAGACGCCGGAGCGGCGUUCGUUCUCGAAUCCAAAGGAAAAUGGUGGCACGCCGGAUUUCAUCUGACGACGGCGAUAGUUGGGCCGACGAUACUAACGCUGCCGUACGUGUUUAGGGGUUUAGGAUGGUGGUUUGGAUUCUUUUGCUUGACGGCCAUGGCGGUCGUCACUUUUUACUCUUACUAUCUCAUGUCUCUUGUUCUUGAGCACUGUGAAAACGCCGGCCGCCGUCACAUCCGAUUCCGGGAACUCGCCGCCGAUGUGUUGGGGUCGGGUUGGAUGUACUAUUUCGUAAUUUUCAUUCAAACAACGAUCAACACCGGCAUAAGCAUCGGCACGAUCUUGCUUUCGGGGGAAUGCCUUCAGAUAAUGUAUUCGAGUCUUUCUACGAGUGGAUCGAUGAAACUAUGGGAGUUCAUCGCAAUUGUAACGGGGAUCAUGAUCGUCUUGUCUCAGUUUCCGACGUUUCACUCCCUCCGACACAUGAACCUCGGCUCGCUUUUCCUAAGCCUUGGAUACACAUUUGUGGUUGUUGCCGCUUGCAUUUACGUAGGUCUCGGAAAGAACACACCCACGAGAGAUUACUCGUUAGAGGGUUCACAAUUCUCAAAAACUAUGAACGCCUUCACAUCGAUUUCCAUAAUCGCGGCCAUAUUCGGGAACGGAAUUCUCCCCGAGAUACAAGCUACUUUGGCGCCCCCAGUAACCGGAAAAAUGUUCAAGGGGCUUGUGAUGUGUUAUUCCGUAAUUUUCUUGACGUUUUACUCGGUUGCGGUUUCGGGUUAUUUCGUGUUCGGUAACAAGGCUAGCUCGAACAUUCUUACGAGCCUCAUGCCCGAUGACGGACCGUCCUUGGCUCCGACUUGGCUUCUAGGACUCGGAGUUGUUUUCGUUCUCCUCCAACUCUUCGCCAUUGGCUUGGUUUACUCUCAAGUAGCGUUCGAUAUUAUGGAAACGAAAUCCGCCGACGUGAAUCAAGGGAUGUUCUCAAAACGAAACGUGAUCCCGCGAAUAGUUUCCCGAUCACUUUACAUGAUCUUUUGCGGGUUUUUUGCGGCAAUGCUUCCAUUCUUCGGAGACAUUAGUGGCGUGGUUGGAGCACUCGGUUUCAUCCCGCUCGAUUUCAUCCUUCCGAUGCUUCUUUACAACAUGACUUACAAACCGUCAAGAUCUUCCUUCACGUAUUGGAUCAACAACGGGAUCAUGGUCGUUUUUACGGGUGUCGGGAUUUUGGGUUCGUUUUCUACCGUUCGAAAACUCGUUCUCGAUGCCAAUAAGUUCAAGCUUUUUAGUAAUGAUGUUGUUGAUUAA